AUGACACCUUCAUUUUUCAUCAUCAUCCUUAUUAUCUUCAUUGUGGAAAUAGCAGGAGCUGUUGUAGUGUUGGCUUUCUCUUCUUUGUCAAAGAUCUUAAUUGAGUAUCUUGGCAAUAAGGCGGGGCAAUACCUGCGGGAAGAUUACGGUUUGAACAAUGAAUUGACUACAGUUUGGAAUGCAACGAUGAAGGAGAUGAAGUGCUGUGGAUUUCAUGGAUAUGAAGAUUUCAAAAACUCCACCUACUACAGGAAUAAUCUUGAAUUUCCUCCAGUCUGCUGUGAUUUUAAGAGCCCCUGCCAGGAGUCUAGUAUAAGCCAUCUGACCAAGGGUUGCUUUACCGCCUUUGAGUCCUUCCUAUCUAAAAAUGGGAAGAUUGUCGGGGGAGUGACUCUCGGAAUUUGCGGUCUGGAGCUUGCAGCCAUGAUUGUCGCACUCAUGUUGUUUUGCCAGAUCAGAAAAAAGUAAUCGAUUGGAUCUGCCAUUCUUUUUGCUGGGGAUAUCUCGUUUAAUGGUGGUACUAAACAUGAAUGCAGAGGGUGAAGCCAUGUGCUAUGAUUUAGGAGAGUACACUCUGUGUAGUAUCACCUCUCUAAUUCAUGAAUUUCCGGCAUCAGCUUGUCAGUUUGAUUGUCAUCUGAGCAGAUCCCAGCAAUGGUCAAAGAUUAUCAGCACUGUCACACCGGAGCCUACCGCACGUCACCUUAUUAUAUAAAUUCUAUUUUCUUACACUUUUUAACCUAUAAAGACUUAUAUGAUAACGCAUUGUAAAGAGCAAAAAAAGAUGUGCGCAGUGCAAUAACUGACAUCAACUGAUCAGAUUUCAGUUUAUGGUAGUUAGGAAAUAUAAAGACUGGUUGCUCACGGUUACUGUAAUUUUUACAUUAUUGGGCUUAUUCAAUAAGGCAUAAAGCAAAGAAAAAAAUAUAAGUAACAUGUCUCCCAAUCAGCCAAUCCGAUUUCAGCUGUCUUUUUUUGCAGUGCAGCUUAAAAAAAAAAA